AACCCCGGCCCCGGCGGGAGGAUGCGCGUCCCGUGUCCUUAAAAAAUGCAACAAAUAGCGGGAGGGAUGAGGCUGCGCGCGUUUGCCCCGAAGCUCGCACCCCCGUCCUGCCGGUCCUGGCUGUCCCCUCCCUCCCGUCCCGUGUCCCUUGUCCCCAUCCUCCCGGGUGCUGCCUCCAUCCCCAUCCCGUGCUUUUCCCCCCGGAUCUGCCUCUCCACGGGCGCUUUCGGAGUUUGCUGGGCUGUUUGCUGACAGAACGUGACCGUUUUGUUAAAAGCCUCUUUGGUUCGCCCUUGACGGCUCCUGGCCGGGCGGUAAAUGCUUUUAGCGCUAAAAGCCCCAUUAGGCAGCGGUGCUGCCGGUCCGUUCACAACACCUGGCGAGGGGUCACAGCAGCUCAGCCACGGCAAGGACACAACGCGACCCGUCCCGGGAUGCAGGAGGUGCUUCAUCCACCGGGACAUGGGAUGGCGCUGGGCUGGGUCUCGCUUUAUGCUCUGCAGCGCCGCUGAUGCUGUUUUGGAGUGGUUUUGGUUUGUUUUUUUUUUUUUUUAUUUUAUUUUUGCAGCAUGGGCUUCCUACAUGACCAACUCCCCGACGCUGAUCGUGAUGAUCGGGCUGCCGGCGCGGGGCAAGACCUACAUGUCCAAAAAGCUCACCCGCUACCUCAACUGGAUCGGGGUGCCCACCAAAGUGUUUAAUUUAGGGGUGUACCGGCGCGAGGCUGUGAAAUCCUACAAGUCCUACGACUUCUUCAGGCACGACAACAAAGAGGCGAUGGAAAUCCGCAAACGCUGUGCCCUGGUGGCUCUGGAAGAUGUGAAGUCUUAUCUCUUGGAGGAGUGUGGGCAAAUAGCUGUGUUCGAUGCGACCAACACGACUCGGGAGCGACGGGACCUGAUCUUAAAUUUUGCCAAGGAAAACGCGUUCAAGGUGUUCUUCGUGGAGUCUGUGUGUGAUGAUCCCGAGGUGAUCGCUGCCAAUAUCCUGGAGGUGAAAGUUUCCAGUCCUGACUACCCAGAGAGGCACCGGGAGAACGUGAUGGACGAUUUCCUGAAGAGGAUCGAGUGCUACAAGGUCACCUACCAGCCUCUGGACCCGGAUGCUUAUGACAAAGACCUUUCCUUCAUUAAAGUGAUCAACGUGGGGCAGCGCUUCCUGGUGAACCGGGUGCAGGAUUACAUCCAGAGCAAGAUCGUUUAUUACCUGAUGAACAUCCACGUGCAGCCGCGCACCAUCUACCUGUGCCGGCACGGCGAGAGCGAGCACAACCUGCAGGGCAGGAUCGGCGGCGACUCGGGGCUGUCCGCCCGGGGCAAGCAGUUCUCCCAGGCUCUGAAGAAGUUCAUUGAGGAGCAGGAGAUUGUGGACCUGAAGGUGUGGACGAGCCAGCUGAAGAGGACAAUCCAGACAGCAGAGUCCCUGGGGGUGCUCUAUGAGCAGUGGAAGAUCCUCAAUGAGAUUGAUGCUGGGGUGUGUGAAGAAAUGACCUAUGCAGAAAUUGAAGCCAAGUAUCCAGAGGAGUUUGCCAUGAGGGACCAGGAGAAAUAUCUGUAUCGUUAUCCUGGAGGGGAGUCCUACCAGGACUUGGUGCAACGCCUGGAGCCAGUAAUUAUGGAGCUGGAGAGGCAGGGAAACGUCCUGGUCAUCUCCCACCAGGCAGUCAUGAGGUGUCUCCUGGCUUAUUUUCUUGACAAGAGUGCAGAUGAGCUGCCCUACCUGCGCUGCCCCCUCCACACCAUCCUCAAGCUCACACCUGUUGCCUAUGGCUGCAAGGUGGAGACAAUCACCCUGGAUGUGGAAGCAGUGAACACCCACCGGGACAAGCCCUCCCUGACCUCGGGAAUGGCCACCCUGGCAGUGUAGGGGUUGCUGCUUCCCUGGAUCCAGCUGCAGCUCCGGGGCUGGAGCAUCCCUGGAGCGCCUCGAGCCACCCUGUGGCUCAGACUCUGACUCUGGAGCCUCUCUGUGUCUGCCUUGCCCAGCUGGGAUGUCCCCACAGGCUGGGGAGGUUUCUCCUGGAGCUUUUCCCAAGCUGCUUUUAGUGCUCAUAAGCCAGCACAUCCCUGGGGGCUGGAACUGUGUCCCAGACUUUCCUCCUGGCCAGGUGCCAGAAUUAACCCCAGUGGGAGGACAAAACCAUGGUGGUUUUACUCACUGAGGCAUUUCCAGGCCAAAUCCCUGAGCUUUUAUUUCUCUGUUACCAUUUCCAAGUUAUUUCCAAGUUCAAACUCAGUUUUUUUUCUGUUGUUCCAGGGAGCUCCAGGUAGGGUUUGACUCUCCCUCUGUGAGUGCUGCUGUGAAUUCCCCAAUCUGAGCCAGUUCCUUUGCCCUGGGAAGUUUUGCUUGGAUGUGGCAGCCAGGCCAGCACACCCUGAUGGGAACAAACCCUCCUGCCCCUCUCUGGGAGCAGCUCCAGGGUUUUAAAUCCCACCUCAAGCCCUGUUUUACCUUCUCAUCCCAACCUAAACUUCAUCCUCUCAUUUUUCCUGCAUUUUGGGCAUGUUUUUAUCCAUUUACCCCAGGAAAUGGGAGCAUGGCUGGGACCAGCAGGGCUCCUGGGCAGGGUUUGCAGGAAGCACAAGGUUUUUAUCAGUUUCCUUUAUAAUACACCCAAUUUUAGGCCCACAACAAGCUUUUAACUUGCCUAUGAAUAUGCUGUGAAUGUUCCCAAUGCUGCCUUUCAUAGUUUUAAGCUGUUGUAGAGUUUAGAGCACAGCUGGUGCAGCUCUGUGUGGCCAUGUCUUAAAUCCUUAAAAACCCUUAAAUCCCCACCAAACCCCAAUUUUUCAGUUCUCUCCCACAAGCUUUGACCUGUGUUUUGCCAAACUCCAUUUCACCCCACUCCAGCUGUUCUUGCAGUAAGGGCAGGACCCUCAGGUUGGGUGAAGAAAGGAACAUUUAGGUACAGAGCAGGAGGCUGUUCUGGACCUGCUAUUCCCAGGUGACUCCAGGAUUUAUCUGAGCAAUUCUGGACCCCUGAAAUUGCUUCUUUUAAAUGUGUAAAUAAAUGUUGGAUAUACCCACAGCAGGGAAACUGUGUCCUGGCUGUGGAGGAGCUCAGCAACCCCAGAGCUUGAGGCUCACCUGGGCAUUUUGAGCUCAAACUUGGUUGUUUUAAACACUCCCAGAGCUGUAAUUUGAUAAAACUGAGGUAGAGAGGACCAAGGCAUUAAUUUGGACCCCUCAGGAUUUCUGAGAAGCAGAAAAAUGUGUUGAUUGUGCCUCAGAGGGAUGAACAAUUUGGUGGUGACAAAUUGAAUUUUUAGUAGUUUUUCUCCUCAGGGUUUUCCUCCCAGGUCUGACGUUGGGUUUGAAAUAUUUUUUUAUGCUUAGAAAUAAACCAGAAAAAAAAAAAUAAUUCAAAAUGGAAGGAAGAGAUUUAGAGGCUGUGCAGGGCAGUUCUCCCUGCACACCCCAGAGUGCUCUGAAGCACAAACCCGUCCUUGUCAGGCUGCUCUGCCCCUCCUGGGACAGGAACUGUGGGAUGCUCACGCACAAAACUGCCUGAAAAGUGCAUUGUGCUCAACCACUGAGCAGGAAAUGAUUGUAAGGAGACAAAAAAAUCUCUGUUUUUACCUGCUGGGAUCUGUGAAUGUCACUGUUGAUGUGUUGGUGGUCGUGAUUUUUUUUUUUUUUUUUUUUUUUUUUUUAAAUCAUUGCUGAAAAUCAAAUGUUUUGCUGUUUGGGUCAGUGGUUGGGGGUCCUUUUUUGUGGCUGUGGGGUGGAAUUUCAUCCUUCUCUGCAGCAUUUGUGCCUCACUGCUUUAAUUAAAGCUUUUUUUUCCGUGUGUUUGUGCCUUGAGAAGGUU